GAAGGUAGACGUCUCGAGUAAUGCCAAACAGUCAAAUCAGCCUGAUCCUGGAGCAACGGUAGUCAGCGAAUCCACACGAAAUUCCCACUAGAACGAAUUGAGGCAGACCUGGACGGUGACUUUAGAGAGAUAUUUGGAUUUCAAUUUCUCUGUCAGUGGUCCACCUCGACUGUCCCAUUUGUUGCGAUUUAAAGUCGACGAACGCCUCGACGAUGAGAUCUUCGGCGCUACGUAGCGUUGCAACUAGGUCCACUCGUCGACACAGGUAUUGCAGUCGACCGAUGGUUCGGCUGACGGCUCCCUUGACUUCUUUAUUCAGUACGAAUACGACUACCUUGCCUCCGAUACUACCUGAUCCGUCUCCUCCCGCUCCACUGGAAGAAAAGCCUUCCACGGGCCUACUACAAAGACUCUGGGACCGAUACUCAGUCCCCGGACAGCAACGUCGCAUUCAGAUGGCGGAAUCUCUCUUUGAAGCAGCGACAUUUCAAGCAUCGGACCCGUAAGUCUCUCGGAAAGAGUUUUCUAAAAAGCGCUUUCCUUAAACCUUUCCAUGCUCAAAUUUUUUCGCAUGCUUUCCAGUCGCUGGUAUGGCCCUGCUGGAAUUGGUCGUGAAUUUCGUCCUCGUCACGCUCUUCUGACUCUGCAUCUGUGGUUCCUUCACAAGCGCUUGGCUGCUGACGAGUUUGACAAGGAGACUGCCCUCAUGAUCCAGGAAGAACUCUUCAACAUUCUCUGGGAGGAUACCACUUGUCGCAUUCGCCAACAAGGCGUCAACGAACUCGCCGUCAACAAGAAUCUCAUGAAGGUACAGCAGUACACAUUUUUACAUCUCACGCAUUACGAUCACGCCUACUCGGCAUUCCUCGACAAGCCGGAAGAGCGACUCAAGGAAUUGCGCAAAAUUGUCUGGAUGCACAUCUUUGUACGAGACGCGCAAGUCGAACGACGAACCGAUCAAUUGGAUCGAAUUGCCUGGUACAUUGAAGCGAAUUAUCAGAAUAUUAUGAUGGAUUGGCCCGACGAGUAUUAUCGACACGCGCGGGUGAAAUGGGUAGACUUGCCGGAUUUUAGCAACUUGAAAGACGCCUCGGGGAAGAUAAUGGAGGAGACUCCGGUCCACGCCGAUGACGUGUUGCCGCAUCCUUGGCGUCGCAACAUUACCUUGAAAGGAACCUUUUACUACUGGAAUCCCGAGACAAUGCUGAGUAGCUGGGAGAGACCAACUGAAUGAAAACCUCAAUUAAU